AUGUGGGAAGACAACAACCCUCUCUCAUAUGAUGAGUCGCCUACGGAGUCGCACUUCCCGGCGUACGAUGAAGAUCCAUCUCCCCCGGCUUCCCGCGACUCCAACGACGACCAUGGACCGCACAACUUCAUUACUCGCGCCAACCGCACUCCUUCCGAGCAUUCUCGGAAGCCUGCCGACGACUCUGACGACGAGGAGGAUGAGGAGUACCGACGGAUGAGGAAGGAGAAGGGUUACAGCUCUCGCGUUGAGCAGAUGCUACUCGAGGACAAGAACGUGCCGAUUGUCAUCGCCGACGCGGGGAAAAAUCACGAGGGCAGUGGAGGGUUCAUCGUCUAUACUAUCUGCACAGGGGACCUUGAAGUUCGCCGGCGAUACUCAGAGUUCGAGUCUCUGCGAAAAAACCUGUCGCUUCUACAUCCUUGCCUUAUUGUCCCGCCAAUUCCGGAGAAGCAUCAGGUUUCGGAUUACGUCGCGGCGCCUACCAGCGCGAAGGAGAACGUCAACAUCAUCGAUCAUCGCAAACGGAUGCUGGGGGUUUUCCUGCAGCGAUGCGCUCGGAUGAAAGAGAUUCGAUAUGAUAGUGUAUUUCAACGCUUCUUGGACCCUAAUGCGAGCUGGAGUGAAGUGAUUAUGUCGCCGCCGAUUUCAACACUCCCCAAGCACCACCUCCGUGCUCCACCUCUUAACCCCUCGGAACCAUCGCAUGCGCAUCAGUUUCUCCCCAUACCAUCCGCCUCAGCCAAACUCAAGCCCAACAAUAGUCCUCCGUCGACUUCUCACGGCAACCCUCCUGGAAACUUUGGCCGCUUCCCACCGCUGAAUCAUAAUCUCGCGGAAUCCGAGCUCGACCCGUACUUUAACAACUACGAGGCCUCUACCAGGGCUUAUGAAGCCCUGCUUACUGGAUCAAUCGAGCGUGUGAACCGUCGCAUCCUGAAGCGACUGCAAGAAUUGUCCUUGGAUUACAAUGAGCUUGGCGCGAGAUAUAACGCGUGGUCACUCUCGGAAUCUGGAGACCUAGUAACUGCCAUCGAGAAGGUUGGACAGGCGGUGGAUAGCACGUACAUUGCGACCGAACAGCUCUCGACUGUUCUCGGAAGUAGCUUCGCCGAGCCUCUGCGCGAGAGUGCACAGUUUGCCGGUGUUGUCCAGAAGGUGCUGAGGUACCGAGUUCUGAAGCGUAUACAGGAAGAUAUGACGCGAGACACGCUUUCGCAGAAACGGUCACUGCUUGAGAGUCUGGAGAAAUCUGAGAAAGAGGCCAAGAGAAUCGAGCAAUAUCUUCACGGUGGUAGCUCUCACGGCUCUCCUAGGACAUCUAGUGAUCGGGAUAGCAGCGGUGGGAGAGAUCCCGAAAUCGAGUCGCUCGAUUCCGCUGAUGAAUCUUCCGAAUUCCCGCCGACGCACGAGAAUACCCGGCCACGCAGAAAGUCCACUGCUGGACGCUCUCCGACUUCAGCAGCUGGUCAUAAGAAGAGCAACUCGUACUCGGCGGCGCCCAGCACCUCCUCUAAUAUCUUUGCUAAAGGUUUCGGGAAGCUGAACUAUGCCAUUCACGGGAUUGUCGAUGUCGAUCCGGAACGGACUCGGCGAGACAAUAUCGGCAAAACACGCGAGUUAAUAGUGCAGCUGGAAGGGGCAGAGAAAGCGGUGGAGAAGGAUGUGGAGGAGGCCGGUAGAGCGGUAUUAAAGGACCUCAGGCGGUUUCAAUCGGAAAAGGUCAAGGAUAUGAAGCAUGUCAUGAGGGAAUACGCAAAGGUGCAGAUCGAGUGGGCGAAGCGCUGUCAGGAAUCGUGGGAGGAUGCAGAAGCCGAAGUGGUGAAGAUCCAGCCCAGAUAG